CUGAAGAAACUGGCCGUGGUAAACGCGCUCGUCCAACAAACGAUGAUGAUGUGGCUGCGUUAGAAACAGUACUUGCAGAGAAGCGCAAAAAGCUUCAAGAGAUGGUAGAUGAUGAAUUAAAUGUCCCCGAUGGAAGCGGCGAGGGUGCGAGCGACGGAGAAGAAGAUGAGGCCAUUGCUCUUUAUGAUUCAGACUCAGAAGCUGUCUUUGCAAUGGAUUUAGAUCGUAAACCAGUGAUGGAAGCAGUUUCACCUCCAGAGAGUCAAAGACAAGAAGUAUCUGAUGAGGGAAUGGUAGAAACGCUGGUUAAUAGAGAUGAAAAAGAUAUCGAGGAUGAGCAACUGGAAGGUGAUACUGAGAAAGAAGAACCUCUUCAAGUCACUGUACGAGCUAAACAUAAGUCUAAGCUUAGAAAAGAUGCAAGUCGGGAGAAACACAAAGAGAAACAUACAGAAAGAAGUGGCCGAAGAGGUAGGAGACGAUCAGAAGAGAGCAGUCGGUUAUCUCGAACUAGGAAAGACAGAAGGAGUAGUAGGGAAAGGAAACGAGUAGAUCGACAUUCAAAGAAGGAAAGACAGAAGAAAGAGGAACGAAGUUCAGAACGAAAAGUAGAGAGACAAAGAUCAGACAGAGCACAGUUAAAGGAGGGUCACUAUGAAAGGGUUGAUCGGUCUGCAAGGCAAAGCUCACAUCGAGAUGAUAGAACAGAACGAGAUGGAGACAGCUGGCGAAAGGAACGUGACUUACGAGAGGAAUUACAACGAGUUGUUGAGAAGAAGGAAAAGGAGAAGAAAAAAGAGCAUCCAACUGAAGAUAAAAGAGAUUUAUUUCAAGAGUCUUCUGAAAGUGAGUCAGACAACAGAUCAAUCGAGGAGGUAAAAUUGUAUAAAGCUGAUGAGGAUGAUGAUGAUGUAAAGGACAAACAGAGUGAAGAGUUUGUGGCAGAAUUAACAUACAAACAUAGUGACAUUAGUGAUGAGGAGAGUGAGAAAGAAGAUGAGGUGCAUUUAGCGGUUGAACCUGCUGCUUCUCCUGGACAAGAAAAUUCUUCUUCUAAUAGUGAAGUUGAGCCCGAAGAAGAAAUGGAGGAGGAGGAUUCUGAGAGUGAGGUUCAAGUGCUAAUAGGAGCUGUUGAAGAAGAACAGCAUUCUGCUAACCCUAAAGCUGAACCAGAUUAUGUGACUUACUAUCCAGCUAUUUCUGGGUGUCGUAGCCUGGAGAAAGAGUAUGAAUAUUUGAACAGAAUUGAAGAAGGGACAUAUGGUGUUGUUUAUCGAGCAAGAGAAAGAAGAACAAAUGAAAUUGUGGCAUUAAAGAAGGUAAAGAUGGAACGUGAAAAAGAAGGUUUUCCAAUCACUUCUCUACGUGAAAUCAACAUGCUACUAAAAUCCAAGCAUCCAAACAUCGUACAUGUCAGAGAAAUAGUGGUUGGAGACAACAUGGACAAGAUAUACAUUGUAAUGGAGUAUGUAGAGCAUGAUUUGAAGACUCUAAUGGAGUCAAUGAAGCAACCUUUUCUUGUAGGAGAAACUAAAACACUAAUGAUUCAGUUGUUACGUGCUGUACAGCAUUUACACGACAACUGGAUUUUACAUCGUGAUCUGAAGGCUUCUAACUUGCUGCUCAGUCACAAGGGAAUUCUGAAGGUUGGUGACUUUGGCCUAGCAAGAGAAUACGGAUCUCCGUUGAAGAACUACACACAGCUAGUAGUGACGCUUUGGUACAGAGCUCCAGAAUUACUUUUGGGCACUAAGAGAUACUCUACAGCUGUGGACAUGUGGUCAGUUGGCUGUAUAUUUGGUGAGCUUCUACAGCAUGCGCCCAUGUUCCCUGGAAAGUCAGAAAUUGAUCAAAUCAACAAAAUAUUUAAGGAAUUGGGAACACCAAGUGAAAAGAUUUGGCCAAGCUGGACUGAUCUACCUGCUGUCAAGAAGGUCAACUUUGCAAAGCAGCCAUACAACAAUCUAAGAAAUAGAUAUCCAUAUAUUACAGAGAGUGGACUGGAUUUGCUGAACAAGUUUUUGACAUAUGAUCCUGCACGACGUGUUACAGCCGAUGAGUCUCUAAAACACGGGUUCUUCAAGGAAUCACCAUUACCUGUUGAUCCAUCUAUGUUUCCUACCUGGCCAGCUAAGUCUGAACUACCAAGAGCAAGGAAACAUGCUAGUCCAUCUGCACCAAAAGGACGCCGUGAACCAGAAGAUGGGGAAGGAGCUGAUGGCGACAGUGAUGCUCAUGGAUUUCACAUGGGACUUGCCAAGGCAGGUCAUGCUGCGAAAGGCGCUGGCUUUAGUCUUCGGUUCUAACACAACUACAUUCAUUGUAAGUAGAGGGAGCUGCAAGUUGUUUAUAAUAUAAUUGUGGUAGAGAUUGUGAAUACAUGUUCUAAAUGCAGCAAAUAAGAAGUAGGGAUCAUCACUAUAUACAGUAACACAGAACGCAC